AUGAAGCAUGACGAGCUUGCGAGACGCGUUGCUGCUUUGUUCUUGAUUACGGACAAGAAGAACGAGGUUGAGCAGGUUGAGAAGAAGCUCCAGGCGAUAUUGGGUGGUCAGCAUUUCGAGGAAGUCUCUGCCCGGAUAAAGCACUACCUUAAGAAUCCUCCGGAGAAUUUGGUCAAGCUGGGUUAUGACCCUCAGGCACCAGCCUGGCUCAACUCCGAAGCCCAAAAGGCCUUGUCCGACGCUGGAAUCACUUCAUUCGACUAUCUCAGCACCCUAAUGGAGUCGGACGUUUCCGUGCAACUGCUGAACAAGAUUGACACACCAACAGCCGAAGCCGUCGAACUCGACUGGCUUGCGUUCAAGGAAUCCAAAGACCCAGAAGCCCUAGAGAGGAUUCUGCAAUUCUACUCGAAACACGGCUUAGACUUUGUCCCUCCCUCGCCGACGACUGCGCAGACAGUCAAGGAGAUUCGCCAAAAGGCUCAACUGGAUACGACACCCGUCAUCCCCGAAUCCGAGAUUACCUCUGAGGAAGACCUUGCUCUGCUUGCUCAAAACGCAGCGCGAGAUUCGACACUCAGCCCAUUCGAACCGCCAACAUCCCAAAUCGAGCAUCCCAACCUCAUGGAACCCCACCCCCUCCUCGACCCCAAACACGUCGAAGAAUUCCCUCCAGACGAGACCUGCCCCUUCCACAACCGCGUCAUCGUCUACAACCACCGCUCCGUCUUCCACAACUACGCCAAGCUCGACGACGGCGAAACACCCGAAAUCGUCGAAUCCGUGGACGAAUUCGCCAAAGCCCUGCCAGUGCCCAAGGCCUUCUACGAGAACCUCCACCAAUCCAUCCUCAUCCGCCGCGGCGUCGUCCAGCAAACCGGCAAGGGCAAAAUCCGGCGCGUCGCGUAUAUGGUUUUGCUCGGUAACGCGGACGGCCUGGUCGGCCUCGGCGAAGGCAAGCACGCCAACUCGAUGGUCGCGCUCAAGUCUGCGCGCAUCGACGCGGUGCGCAAGAUGGACUGGGUGGAGCGCUUCGAGAAGCGGACGGUGUGGACAGAGAUGCGCACGAAGCUCGGGUCGACGGAGCUCAUCCUCCGACCUCGACCGGUCGGGUUCGGUCUGCGAUGCAACCCGUACCUCCACCAGAUCCUUCGAGCCGCCGGGUUCAAGGAUAUUUCAGCAAAAGUAUGGGGAAGCCGGAACAGGCUUAAUGUCAUCAAGGCUGCGUUCCGCUUGCUCCAGGCUGGCCAUGCGCCAACCGGCAUGGGUGAUGGUCUUGGAGGACCUGGCAAGAAGAUGAGCAAGGGCUCUGGGUUGAUUGGUAUGAAAGAGCUGGAGAGGGCUCGGGGAAGGAAGUUGGUCCCCUUGCGGAAGUAG